AUGGGGCUGGAUCACCUGCCUCCCAAUCACUGGGCGCGGGGCAGGGCGAGGGGUAACUACGCCAUCGCGAGCGUGCUGCUGGCGUUCGCGGCGGGCACGUACUAUCACACGAUGUGGCGCGUGCGGUCGACGUCGGAUAUUGACAUCGCCAUCGCGGAGUGGGAGGCGAAGCGGGCCAAGGAGAAGGCGCAGGGCAAGUGA